AGUUAAUUCAGUAUGGCGACAAAGUCCUAUUUGUUUUCUCUCGGUCUUUGCAUCCUUCUCUUGCAUGGUUGUGUAGCUCAGAUAGAGCAACAAGGAGGAGGAUGGCAAAGCCAGCAGCAGCAACGACAGCCACAACGUCGAUACCAAGCAGGUCAAAGCCAAUGUCAAAUCCAGAGCUUAAAUGCUCAAGAACCUAACCGCAGAUUUGAGUCAGAGGCAGGUGUAACUGAGUUUUGGGAUCAGACAAAUGAACAAUUCGACUGCGCCGGUGUAUCUGCUACUCGGCACAUUAUCCAGCCUAGAGGACUUCUUUUACCUUCUUUUGACAAUGCACCAAGACUGAUGUACAUAGUUCAAGGUAGGGGAAUGACUGGAGCACUCAUUCCUGGAUGCCCUGAAACAUUCCACUCGAUACAGCAAACUCAACGAUUGAGAGAAAGAGGACAGCAACAGAGAUCCAGAGACCAGCACCAAAAGAUUCGCCAGAUCCAACAAGGAGACAUCGUGGCUUUGCCAACCGGUGUAGCACAUUGGUGCUACAACGAGGGUGAAACCCCACUUGUCAUGGUUGUUGUUCAUGACACCAGUAACAAUGCUAACCAGCUUGACCGUAACCUCAGGAAAUUCCAACUGGCCGGAAGCCAGCAAUCACAGACUGGGACGGCGUACCAACAACAACAACAGCAGCAACGUAGAGGGCAGCAAGAGAUCCCAACAAACAACAUUUUCAAUGGAUUCAACGUUGAGACUUUGGCUGAGGCUUUUGGUGUGAGUACUGAGACAGCUAGAAAACUACAAGGACAAGAUGACCAGAGAGGUAACAUAGUCUUCGUUCAAGAAGGACUUCAAGUGAUUAGGCCACAGAGGGGAGAAGAAGAGGAGAGUGAAGAGCAAUACCCAGUAACUAAUGGAGUAGAAGAGACUAUCUGUAGCAUGAGACUCAAGCAAAACAUAGCCAACCCAACUCGCGCUGAUAUUUACUCUGAAAAGGGUGGAAGAAUCACUAGCCUUAACAGCCAAAAGUUACCCAUCCUUAACUUCAUCCAAAUGAGUGCUGAGAGAGGUGUUCUUUACCAGAAUGCACUAGUGGCACCACACUGGCACUUAAACGCCCACAGUGUGAUUUACGUUACAAGAGGAAAUGCAAGAGUUCAGGUUGUAGGCAACGCCGGUCGUCAAGUCUUCAAUGGACAACUCAAUCAAGGACAAAUUUUGGUUGUUCCUCAGAACUUUGCAGUGGUGAAACAAGCUGGAAAUGAAGGAUUUGAAUGGGUAGCUUUCAAGACUAACGACAAUGCAAUGAUGAGCCCACUAGUUGGAAAGACUUCUGCUUUGAGAGCAAUGCCUGCAGAUGUGCUAAUGAAUGCUUAUCAAAUCUCAAGGGAAGAAGCUAACAGGUUGAAGAAUAACAGAAGAGAAGAGACCAUGAUACUUACUCCAGGACUUAGCUCGCAGGUUAGACUUGCGCUCAAGUCUGAGACCGUGAGUAAUUAAGAUGUCGUACGUGUUUUUCUUCUAGCCUAGAUAAUAAUAGUAGUAGUACUAGUAGUACUAGUUUGGUUAGCUAGCUUGGGGUAUUAAUAAAAGCUGCUACAUAUAUAAUGCAGUAUGUUACAACUAGU